AGAGAGAGAGAGAGAGAGAGAGAGAGAGAGAGAGAGAGGGUGGAGGGCUUCGCUCACGGACAGGAGGAGAGAGAGACGCGCUCCAAUGAGAAAAGUUUACUUGUUCUUCCUCCGCACAAUCCCGCAGCUGAGGGCAUUGAUUACUGCUUCUAAGUUACCCACGGAUACCUCGCCGUCCUCGUCUGCACGACCUCACCUCGGCACAUCUUCUCUCCUCAAGUUCAAGCGCCACCAGGACUUUCACUGCAGCUUCAGACGCACUUGGGGGAAAUACCACUCGGCGAAGAGAGACUUGAUACUUUGUGCAGCAGCGGGAGCAGCCACCGAGGAGACCGUCAACAUGAGUCUCAAAGCUGACGCAGAGCCGAAUAACAACGUUUCCAUCGAGGAGGAGGUGCGAACGCUGUUUGUCAGUGGUCUGCCAGUCGACAUCAAACCACGGGAACUUUACCUUCUCUUCAGACCUUUUAAGGGUUAUGAAGGGUCACUGAUUAAGUUAACAUCAAAACAGCCUGUCGGGUUUGUAACCUUUGACAGUCGGUCUGGAGCUGAAGCUGCGAAAAAUGCACUAAAUGGUAUCCGUUUUGACCCCGAAAGUCCCCAGACCCUGCGCUUAGAGUUUGCUAAAGCCAACACGAAGAUGGCAAAGAGUAAGCUGAUGGCCACACCGAACCCCACAAAUAUCCACCCUGCUCUAGGAGCACACUUCAUUGCACGGGACCCAUAUGAUCUGACAGGGGCAGCACUGAUCCCAGCAUCUCCGGAUGCCUGGACUCCUUAUCCCCUGUAUACCACGGAGCUGACCCCAGGCCUCCCUCACGCAGCCUUCACUUACCCGGCAGCCGCUGCUGCCGCUGCAGCCCUCCACGCCCAGGUGAGGGACCAACCGGCCUCUGGAAACCACACCUUUGUCCAACUGAAGUGAGGUUUGCCAAGUCUUCAUUAAUUUAAUCAGGUUUAUUUAAUGGACAAAUGUGCAUUACUAUAAACAAACAGUAUUUAUAUCUCCUCCCGAUUGUCUCUGGGGGGACUUUGAAGUGAAACCAUCUUGCUGUCGACAAUCUGAGCUUAUCCUUGGCAACUAUUGCGGUACCAUCUUAGCACUUCAAAAAAAAAUAAAUAAAACUAAAAAAAAAAAAAAAAAAAACCUCUUGCAAAGCCUGGCCAAACGCCAUGGGUCAUAAUUGCUGAGGAAAAUUGCUGAAUUGAAGUUACCGUUGUUAAGCUAGUCUUUCCAUGGGUUGCCGCUGCUCCUGGGAGGUUUAGAAGCGUUAAGAGUCAUUGCAUGUUAGUCUUUUUGGCAUGAAUUUAGAACGCUGAGUUCUGUGUAUCCUAAUUUUCAUAGUGUUUGUGUUGCCUCUUUACCUUGGCCUAGACAGCGAAAUAUUUUGUUUUCCUGUAGAACCUCGGUCUUACCUCUGUGAAAGCUAGGCUGUUGUGUAAAUGGCUUAUCUCGCAUGGACCUUGUGAAUGCAUCCCUACGUUCUAUGACAACCCCAGUCCCUAUGAUCAUAUCAGUGUCUGUCAUUAUUUGAGCAAAAGAAAGUACAAAUAUUUUUGUACUUUUUGCGUAAUGUAUAUUUAUGCAUUUUUAUGCAACUAAAUAAUGAACCUGUAUAAGUUGGAUGUUUAGUCGUCUCUUGUGUUUUUGGUGUUACUUUUUGAUCCUAUAAUCCUGUUGAUGUAGUUUUAAAGAGGAAAAAAGUGCAAUUUGUUUAAAGGGGAAGUGGGUAUCUGUCAAAAAUGGUGUUCCGAACGUGGCUUGUGCCAUUCUGCUAAAAUGAGAUUGCUGUAAAACGAUCUUUCAGAAUGUGAAACUGGACUACAAACGUAAAGGGUUGCUUUUUUGGGGGGGUGGGGGGGUUGGGAGGCCAUUUUGAAAUGGGAAGCAGGAUUAGAGCGAUGGAGGAAUUUAGUUUGUGGUUUAGAACAUGUUUGUCUUUGUAUCUGCUGUGCAUAAGAUGUAAAAGAAAAAAAUUUCCCAUCUUAUGAAUAAAAGAAGUGAAUGCA